AUGCUCCUGGACGCGGGGCCGCAGUUCCCGGCCAUCGGGGUGGGCAGCUUUGCGCGCCACCAUCACCAUUCGGCGGCGGCGGCGGCCGCCGCCGCCGCGGAGAUGCAGGACCGCGAGCUGAGUCUGGCAGCGGCGCAGAACGGCUUCGUAGACUCUGCAGCCGCGCACAUGGGCGCUUUCAAGCUCAACCCGGGCGCGCAUGAACUGUCCCCCGGCCAGAGCUCGGCAUUCACGUCUCAGGGCCCUGGUGCCUACCCGGGCUCUGCUGCCGCAGCAGCUGCCGCGGCGGCGCUCGGGCCGCAUGCCGCGCACGUCGGCUCCUACUCUGGGCCGCCCUUCAACUCCACCCGGGACUUCCUGUUCCGCAGCCGCGGCUUUGGAGACUCUGCGCCCGGUAGUGGGCAACAUGGGCUGUUUGGGCCUGGAGCGGGCAGCCUACACCACGCGCACUCGGACGCGCAGGGCCACCUCCUUUUUCCCGGCCUCCCUGAGCAGCAUGGGCCGCACGGCUCGCAGAAUGUGCUCAACGGGCAGAUGCGCCUCGGGCUGCCUGGCGAGGUGUUCGGGCGCUCGGAGCAGUACCGACAGGUGGCCAGCCCCCGGACCGACCCUUACUCGGCGGCGCAGCUCCACAAUCAGUACGGUCCUAUGAAUAUGAACAUGGGUAUGAACAUGGCAGCGGCCGCGGCCCACCACCAUCAUCACCACCACCACCCUGGUGCCUUUUUCCGUUACAUGCGGCAGCAGUGCAUCAAGCAGGAGCUCAUCUGCAAGUGGAUCGACCCCGAACAACUGAGCAACCCUAAGAAGAGCUGCAACAAAACUUUCAGCACCAUGCACGAGCUGGUGACCCACGUCUCGGUGGAGCAUGUCGGCGGCCCGGAGCAGAGCAACCACGUCUGCUUCUGGGAGGAAUGCCCGCGCGAGGGCAAGCCCUUCAAGGCCAAAUACAAACUGGUCAACCACAUCCGCGUACACACCGGGGAGAAGCCUUUCCCCUGCCCCUUCCCGGGCUGCGGCAAGGUCUUCGCGCGCUCUGAGAACCUCAAGAUCCACAAAAGGACCCACACAGGGGAGAAGCCAUUCCAGUGUGAGUUCGAGGGCUGCGACCGGCGCUUUGCCAACAGCAGCGACAGGAAGAAGCACAUGCACGUCCACACCUCCGAUAAGCCCUAUCUCUGCAAGAUGUGUGACAAGUCUUACACGCACCCCAGCUCACUGCGGAAGCACAUGAAGGUCCAUGAGUCCUCCCCGCAGGGCUCUGAGUCCUCCCCAGCCGCCAGCUCCGGCUACGAGUCCUCCACGCCCCCGGGACUGGUGUCUCCCAGCGCCGAGCCCCAGAGCAGCUCCAACCUGUCCCCAGCAGCGGCGGCGGCAGCGGCGGCGGCGGCUGCGGUGUCCGCGGUGCACCGGAGCGCAGGCCACAGCGGCCUCUCCUCCAACUUCAAUGAAUGGUACGUGUGA